AUGCAGUGCGAGAACGAACGAGAAAGCGGUGGAUCGGACGACGCUGCUGCUGUGGCGCAGUCAUUUCAGGCAAAGCGAACCAACGCGAGCACCAAGAGGACAUAUCAAUCAAAGAUCAACAUCAUGAAGACGUGGCUUACAGAGCGCUAUCCAAGCACAGUAGCCUCGGACACAUUGGUAGUUCCUCUCCCAAAAGAAGCCAUUCUCGGUUUCUUCGGUCAUAUUUGCAGGCCAGCUCACGUUUGCGAUCGAGAUAACGUGGACUCCAAGGACAUGCCACACCCACCGCUCUCUGCGUCUUGCGUUUGGGGAUACCGUAGCGCUUUAGUCGACCUGUAUCACAACAAGUUGUUGGAGAUAGGCAAGUUAGUGGAUACAGAGCUGAGACGGGUACUAGAUGGAUACGAGAAGGUGAUUAACAAUUUGAAGAAGCGUGGACUGAUGAAUAUUAGGGAAGGCAAGCACCAGUUGAAGGCUAGUGGGUAUGAGAUGCUAGCUUUAAAACUGAUGACGAUAGUACCAGAAAAACGAGGACAGUCUUGGGCUACUGUACAGUUUGGAUGGAGUUACUUUGUGAUCAUGUGGAAUUUAAUGAGUAGAUCGGACUCUGUUGCCACGAUUAUGCUGCAGCAUAUUGAGUGGACUGAUGAUUGCCUUGUCAUCGAAGAGCAAGGUCAUAAAGGCGACCAGACCGGCGCAGAAAAGUUCGGAAAGCAUGUCUACGCUAAUCCGUACGAGCCGUCACAGUGUGCUAUCCUGUCACUUGCUGUGCACUUGUUCUGCUGUCCAGAGAGACUUGUGGGUGGGAAGCAACAACUAUUCAUUGGUGAUGACAAUAAAAACCGGUUUGGACGCAUGUUACGGCGCGUGAUUAGUGGACUAACAGAUGACGAGAUUGACAUCCUGAGCUGUAAACCGACAGAUAUUGGUACGCACAGCCUGCGUAAGGGUAGCAGUUCAUAUGCACUUAGGCAGGUGAACGGACCCACUCCAGUCUCUGUAUACCUACGAAUGGGCCAAAGUUUAGGAAAACUUAAGGACCGGUAUAUUCAUUUUGGUGAAGGAGCGGAUCAGUUGUGUGGCAGAAUGAUCGCUGGACUUCCAUUCAAUUCCGAACGGUUCGCUGUACUGCCGCCACACUUUCCCCCGACAGUCACAGAUCAAAUGACAAGCGAGUACUGGAAUGAUCUCGUAAGUGGCUUUGCUAAUUAUUCACGUGGUAUCAGAUCUGCAUUUCCAUUUUUCCUCGCUUCAAUAGUGUAUCACGAGCAAUUUCUACGUGACACACUGAGUCCAGGACAUCCGAUUUUCAAAGCAAGAGUUUUCUCGUCAAACGAAUUAUUAAACCUUCAACGAGCGUCAGUCGUGUUGUCGUUAGGCACAUCUCCAGUUUGUGGAAUUAAAGCAACGGACAUACCUGCCCAUCUUGCUGUUGCAAAGGAGGUGAAAGACCUGCGUGAAGAGGUGUCCAAGCUCAACAAUGAGCUUGUAUUGCUCAGACAGGAUAUGAACACUAAACUACCUGAUAAUGUCGCGGACAAGGUUGUUGCCGACCUGAUGCAGAAAUUUGUUGUCAACGGGGUCGCUCCUGUGUCUCUCCAGGAUCUAGCAAACCUUCGAGUUGAUCUUGCAGCAGAGAUUCACAGAGCCAUCGGCACGAUUCAAGUACCACAGGGUAUUGCGACGCAGCCACCACGUGAGGUGCUGACGUCGGCUUGGCAGCGCUGGGAAUGGGGUGACGGGAAGCUCGCACAUGCUGUGCCGAAGGGGUGGGAAUUUCCUGCCCACACGAGUGUGAAGCAGCUUUGGAACUUGUGGUUUUUUGGCAAUAAGGAUAGUGGUAUCAGACCAUAUAAAUUGCUCAGCAAGCAGCACGAUAUCAAGCGAUCUCAUCAGAUGCGUCACUCGCGUGCUCGUAAAGUUAUGGAGUACAUCGUGCAGCUUACAAAACCUCCUGGCGCACUACCAGGAGAAGUGACGGACAUCUCGUCGUUGCAACUCGCAGCAGCAGAUAAAGUCUUCGGCGUUGUCUUCCAUACGCUGCUCUCACAGUUAUAUUGUAAUAUGCCAAAACGACCAGAAGAGCUCACUUACGGCACCAUUUAUAAUCGAUUGUGCAAGCACUUACAAACGCAACAACGCGAGCUAGUUCAGCAACAAACUAACUGA